GCGCUCUCACAACUAGACAACUACAUUGUGUUUUCUUUCCAUAAGUCUAUUUGACCGGAGGCACAAGCCCUAACGCUGCACCUUGAACGGCCAUCUUGAUCGGUCAGCCGCAACUCCGAGAAACGCAGCUGUAGACACAUCCCGAGCCCUCAUUGCUUUCCCCCGCCAACUGCCAGGCAUAAGCAGCAGGACUGCACCACACUCUGCACGAUGGCCAACAUAAACUGGCGCACAAUAAACGUUGACGCCUAUGAUCCUGACUCGGCCUUGAACUUCCCUCUUUCGACUCUUCUCCCUGCCAACCUACCCGCACCCUCCACAUCCUCCGAGUCCGCACAGAUAGGCCAACAAGUCCGGCAACUCCUCCGCGCCGGUGACAGCCUGGGAGCUCUACAAUCAGCGCUGGAAACCGCCCCUCUAGCGGGCGACGAGGGCGCAAAGCAAGUCCACCUCACCACUGUCUUGGAGGUGCUACAAGGAAUAAGGCAGAGCGAUGUCAGUCGGAUACUGACGGAGAUGCUGAAACAGCCGAGCGGGACGGCAUUGGGGGAUACCUUGAUGAAGUACAUAUACAAGGGUAUGGCUAGCGGGAGCAGCACAACUAGUGGUAAGGGAGUGAGUCCGCAGGCAACCGGCACGGGGUUCAGUCAGAUUCAGUCAAGGAAUUUUGGAGAGGGCGGAGGUGGUCAGGUUAUGAGUGUGCUCUUGAGCUGGCAUGAGAAGCUGACGGAGGUGGUGGGCGUGGGCGGCAUUGUGAGGGUCAUGUGCGAUCGACGAACGGUAUGAAGGAGUUGUCGAACGAGAAGAUCUUCCCAUCCACAGCUUCCUACAACACGUCGUAGGAGGAGUCUAUGGACGGGUCGUAUGCGCCAGUGCAUGCUGAAAGAAACACAUCCCUGAGCAGACACAGAAGACAGGGACGAAUGGCAUGGUGUUCAAUCAAAAGAUCACUGGCUGGAAAUACGAAUUUUUCAAGGACAGGGUAUCUUUUCGAGGCCUGGCUCCUAUCGACUGGCAGUUUUACCAUCAACAGUCGACCCUUCCGAUACCAAGGGCCAUCCAAUAACUCAAUUCUCUCUUCCCAUCA